AUGAACGAGCAAGAGUUCGAAACCAUUUUCGGUGAUGCCUUAUUGGCCGAUUUACAAAAUACCAUAUCUCCGAGUUGUACACCCAUAAGAGACAUUGGCUCCUCCACAUCUGGUUACGGAUCCUUAAAUGGUCCUAGAAAAGACAUCGGCAAUGAUGUUGGAACGAUGGUCAAUCAAAUAUAUACGGAGAAAACGACGUCGGUGCAAAAAACGCACUCGCCCCCCACACACCAACAGCAAAACGUUGGAUUAGGGUCUCCGAAAUCUCCCGUGUCACCCAAAUCCAAUUCUUCGUUUAAUAAUAAUUUAUCCGAAUUGGAUACCUUACUCCAAGAUUUAAGCAAUGCUAAGUAUGCGAAUACGGGUAGUUUGGAAAAGAAAAAGGUCAACGGUUCUUCAUCUCCUGUUAAAACUACCAACCCCGUCCGACCGACCGUUGAUAGUUUGCUGGAUGAAUUAAGUAGUCCGCUGUCGAAUGGAACAACCGGAGACUUACGAGAUGUGUACGUUCGAAAAACGUAUACGGUUACCGAAAAUCAAACGGAAUCGAGAAUACCCAUAUCUAGAAAUGGUGGUGGUGGUGGACACACGUCUCCCAUAUCAGUUGUGAGUUCUACGGGUCCAUUGCCGAUCGGUACGAGUGCUUCUUCAGCAACCAAAGAAUUGGAUGAUUUGAUGGCUUCACUUUCGGAUUUUAAGAUCAACGAAGGGAGUCAUCAACAUCAAACAGUGACUGAUUCGCCAUACGCGAAACCCAACAAAGCGACGAAAACCACGACGAAAUCCCUGACUCAAAGUCAGUUCAAGCAAAAUCAAUUGGAUUCCAUGCUUGGCAAUCUCCAAGCUGACAUGUCUAGGCAAGGGAUUAACACGGCACAAAAAGGUUGUUGCAACGCUUGCGACAAACCCAUCGUCGGACAAGUGAUAACGGCUCUGGGAAAAACAUGGCAUCCGGAACAUUUCACGUGCACUCAUUGCAAUCAAGAAUUGGGAACGAGGAAUUUUUUCGAAAGGGAUGGCGUUCCCUACUGCGAAUCCGAUUAUCACAAUUUGUUCUCACCGAGAUGUGCUUAUUGCAACGGACCCAUAUUGGAUAAAUGCGUUACGGCAUUGGAAAAAACGUGGCACACGGAACAUUUCUUUUGCGCCCAAUGUGGUAAACAAUUCGGGGAAGAAGGUUUUCACGAAAGAGAGGGUAAACCUUAUUGUCGGGAAGAUUAUUUCGACAUGUUUGCUCCCAAAUGCGGGGGUUGUAAUCGACCCAUAAUGGAAAAUUAUAUUUCUGCACUCAACAGUCAAUGGCACACGGAUUGUUUUGUUUGCAGGGAUUGCAGGCAACCUUUUCAAGGAGGUUCAUUUUUCGAUCACGAAGGUUUACCCUAUUGCGAAACUCAUUACCAUGCGAAAAGAGGUUCGUUGUGCGCGGGAUGUCACAAACCCAUAACAGGUCGAUGCAUAACCGCCAUGUUUAGAAAAUUUCAUCCGGAGCAUUUCGUGUGUGCAUUUUGUUUGAAACAAUUGAACAAGGGAACGUUCAAAGAACAAAACGAUAAACCUUACUGUCACGGAUGUUUCGAUAAACUUUUCGGUUGA